GUCUUGGAAUGGAACGGUUGGGGCUGCUUAUUUUGGUACCACGUACUGUACCAAACUGAACCAUUCCACUUAAGGCCAGAAGUGUAACACCCACACAGCUCUCUAAAUGAGUAAUGCGAGUGAUGUGUUCAUAACAGCAGUAAUACACCAGGAAAUAGCUUAUCUUAUGUGGAUUCACAUCUAUUUUCGGACCCUGACCUAAUACUGGACUCCAUGAUCGUUGGAGCUUGGAGAUAUUGGUCAGUGAAGAUGCUUAAAUUUGUUGCAGCAACCAAAAUGUAACAGAAUAUAAAUAUGUAAUGUGCUGGUGACAGUUUUUAGUGCACAGGCUGUGAUCAAAGGUGCAGCAGGCCUUCUCGUCCACACCCACAGUGAUAACAAGCUGAGUCUGACCUUUGGAACCAGCUGCGUUUAUCACAAACCUGAGAGCUGCGCUCUGAAGAAACACCUUUACAAAGAAGGAAAAGUGUUUCAUUGUGAUAUCAUCUUCAGGAUCAUUCUGGUACUGUUCACAUUCACAAUAAAGGAUAGAAUCUGAUAUGAUCCAAAUAUGGGAGACAUAAGUGAUUAUGAACUGCUGAAGCAUCAGCUGGCUGAUCCUGACAUAAAGGAUGCUCAGAUCAUCAGCUGGCUGCAGGAGUUUCGCAGUUGUAUGACUCAGCUAACCAAAGACCACGAGCAGCUCAUCUAUACUGUCUUGAGGGUUCCAUGGGUUGGCCGCAGCCAAGCUGUGGUGGAGGAGUACAUGACCUUCCUCAGUAACCUGGUCUCAGCGCAGACUGUGUAUCUGUGCGCUUGCCUCAAGAUGGUGGUCUCCCAUUUCACUCCCAAGCAAGUGAGCAUCUGUGAAGGAGGAGUGGAGAUCUCUGAUACGGAUGAUGAAGAUGAAAACCUGCCUCGGAACUUUGAUCGGUGUCACCAAGCGUUACAGCUCAUCACCAGAUAUGUUCCAGCCACGAGUCGCUUUCUGAUGCCCAUAGUACAGGACAAGUUCCCGUUCAUAACCAAGUCCUCCAGAACGCUGGAGUGUUACGUCCACAACCUCCUGAGAAUGACCGUGUACAUACCGUCUGUUCGACGAGACGUGCUGGAGGUGAUCAUCCAAAAGAUGCUUAAACUGGAUGUGAGUGCAUCCCGGUCAGACAUCGAUGAGGCAGAGGAGAACGCAGUGCAGAGACUCAGGGCAGAGGAGCAGAGUGAAGAGGGCCUCUUUGACAUGGAUGAAGAUGUGGCCGCAGCUCAGCCCUCCAGCUCGACUGUCACGGCCCAUCCAGUGGCACAGAGGCUGGACACUCUGAUGGCUGUGAUGAUGGCUUACAUCAAAGACGUCUGUCACCACAAUGGCGCUCUUCAUGUGGAGAGGACUAAGGAUCUGUACAGAGAUUUGCUGAGUGUGUUUGACAAACUCAUCCUGCCAACACACGCUUCUUGUCACGUGCAGUACACCCUCUUCUACCUCUGCAGCUUCAGAAUGGCUCUGGCAGAGGCCUUCCUGGAUCACCUGUGGAAGAUCCUGCAGAGCCCCUCUCAGCCUGCUGUCCUCCGCCAGGCUGCUGCUGGAUAUCUGGGAAGCUUUCUGGCCCGAGCCAAGUUCAUUCCUGUGCUCACUGUGCGAGCCUGUCUGGACCUGCUGCUCUCCUGGAUCCAUCGCUACAUUGACAGCCAGGACAGCGGUGGUAAACAGGCGUUCUGUGACAUCAGCCUGCACGGACCCUUUUAUUCUGCCUGCCAGGCCGCAUUUUACACACUCAUCUUCAGGCACAGAGCCAUGCUGGAGAGCAACAUGAAGAAAGGCCUGGAGUACCUGCAGAGUCUGAACCUGGAGCGUGUGGUCAUGUGUCAGCUGAACCCUCUCAAAGUCUGCCUGCCUUCAGUCACCAGCAUGUUUGCAGCCAUCACCAGGAAGUAUCAGGUGGUGUUCUGCUACACCAUCAUAGAGAGGAACAACCGCCAAAUGCUGUCAGUGGUGCGCAGCUCUGCAGGAGGAGACUGUGUGAGCACCAACACCAACCCUCUGGACAGCUUCUUCCCAUUUGACCCUUACCUUCUCAAGAGGUCUGGUCAGCUCGUUGAGCCACUCUACCAGGUGUGGGAGGAGCUGGCAGACAUGGAGGUGGCUCCUGCUAAGACAAACACACAGCGCUCCAGAGAGGACGAAGACGACUUCCUGUGUGGGGAGACUCCACAGGGCGAUGGCAUUGUGGGAAUGACUCCGAGCUCCUACGACUCCAACCUGCGCAGCCCGAGCAGCGUGGGAUCACCGCCCUUCAUCUUCCAGAAAGCUCUCACGUCUGCCAACAUGGACGUCACGUACUGAUGCUGGAUGGUGACAAAUCUCACAGAACAGAAACGGAAAAGACGAGAACUCUGUUUAGACACAAAUGUGUCAGAUAACGGUCUUGUCAACACAUGUACUCGACAGUUUUUAUUAUUGCAUUUGAAUAGAAAUUGUAAAUAUAAAAGUUAUUUUACAGGAGCCUGUGGCUGACUAACACAUUACUUACUGUAUAUAUUCUGAGAAUAAAGUCAUGGAACUGCAGCGUCAGUCUGUCAA